GCAUUAUCUCUGUGGCCUUCCACAGAGACCAUCUACAAUGCAUAUGUAAUGUUCAGCAGUAGUUAGUCCAAUACAUGUCGUUGUUGCACUACGGUAGUGGGAAACAGGAAGUUCCGGGUUGCCUGCCACCAUUCUUCGGAGUAAAGAAAACAACAGAACGGUGUUGUGAGUUUCGUUUUAUUACUACAGGCCAACUCCGAUUAUGUCUGAGGCUGGUAACAUCAACAGUGAGGACAAACCCAAUCUACAGUCACUGGGUCCUGAUUGUGACAGUGGAGCCCAGUUUGCACUGCAGGAUCCAGAAAUGUCAUCAGUGAAGCUGGAAGACUGCAGUCAAACACUGGAGCUGAAUGUCAACAUUAAAGAUGAAGAAGAGGAGGAGAAGAUUGGGGAAUCUGUUUAUGAUGGAGACCAUGUUGAGACAUUCUCUACAUCCAGAGAGCAACAGCAGGAAGAUCACAGAGCUAAGAGGUCUCAUCCCUGCCCACAUUGUGAGGAGAUUUUCCCAAUUCUAUCAAAGUUAAAAAUACACCUAAAAAUACACACAGGAGAUAAUCUGUAUUCCUGCACUGACUGUGGGAAGAGUUUCACAACAUCACAGGCUCUGACAGUUCAUCGGCGAGUGCACACUGGAGAAAAACCUUACUCCUGUUCUGACUGUGGGGAGAGUUUCUCGCAUCAGAGCAACUUAAAAACACACCAACGUAUACAUACAGGAGAGAAGCCUUACUCCUGCUCUGACUGUGGGGAGAGUUUCUCUCAACAGAGCAGCUUAAAAACACACCAACGUAUGCACACAGGAGAGAAGCCUUACUCCUGCUCUGCCUGUGGGAAGAGUUUCACCUCAUCAAGCAGCUUAAAAAAACACCAACGUGUACACACAGGAGAGAAGCCUUACUACUGCUCUGAUUGUGGGGCGAUUUUCUCUCAGCAGAGCAGCUUAAAGUCACACCAACUUAUACAUACAGGAGAGAAGCAUUACUUCUGCUCUGAUUGUGGAAAAUGUUUCACAAGAUCAGUUGAGCUAAGAGUUCAUCGGAGAACACACACAGGAGAGAAGCCUUACUGCUGCACUGACUGUGGGAAGAGUUUCUCUCAACAGGGCCACUUAAAAUGUCACCAGCGAAUACACACAGGAGAGAAGCCUUACUACUGCUCUGACUGUGGGAGGAAUUUUUUUCAACAGAGUGGCUUAAAGUCACACCAACGUAUACACACAGGAGAGAAGCCUUACGCGUGCUCUGACUGUGGGAAGAGUUUUUCAAAUCAGAGCAACUUAAAAACACACCAACGUAUACAUAAAGGAGAGAAGCCUUACUCCUGCUCUGACUGUGGGAAGUGCUUCACAACAUCAACUGAGCUAAAAGUUCAUCAAAGAAGACACACAGGAGAGAAGCCUUACUACUGCUCUGACUGUGGGAAGAGUUUCACCCGAUUGGCUACCUUAAAAACACAUAAAUGUAUCCGUAAAGGAGAGAAUUCACAUCACUUCUCUCAGACCAGCUAAGAUUAAAGUCACUCCAUCAAUUAAUCCUCAUCUCAUAAAAGAAGUGGUAACAUUAAGAUAGUGUUACUCUAUUGUAAUCAUAUUGUUUCUCACUGUGAGGGAACUGUGAAGAGGAAAGAGUGCGUUACAGAAUCAUGUCAUUGGAAAGUCUAUCCUUUUUUUAAUGCACCAUUUGCACAUGUGUUGAUGUUGUGGUGGUGCUGGAGAUGAUGAAUAUGAAGAAAUUUCCCUUUAAGACAAAACAAAAGGAGGGUGGUUGGUCGGGUGGAUAGAUGGGUCUGCAUAUAACAUGAACGUCUUGCAACCCAAAGGCAUAUAACAUGAACGUCUUGCAACCCAAAGGCAUAUAACAUGAACGUCUUGCAACCCAAAGGCAUAUAACAUGAACGUCUUGCAACCCAAAGGCAUAUAACAUGAACGUCUUGCAACCCAAAGGCAUAUAACAUGAACGUCUUGCAACCCAAAGGCAUAUAACAUGAACGUCUUGCAACCCAAAGGCAUAUAACAUGAACGUCUUGCAACCCAAAGGCAUAUAACAUGAACGUCUUGCAACCCAAAGGCAUAUAACAUGAACGUAUUGCAACCCAAAGGCAUAUAACAUGAACGUAUUGCAACCCAAAGGCAUAUAACAUGAACGUAUUGCAACCCAAAGGUUUCACGUUCGAAUCUCAUCAUGGACAAUUUUAGCAUUUGAACUAAUAAGCACCUUUUCCAACUACACUACAUGGACAAAAGUAUGUGUACACCUGCUCGUGGAACAUCUCAUUCCAAAAUCAUGGACCUUAAUAUGGACCUGGUCCCCCUUUUGCUGCUGUAACAGCCCCCACUCUUGUGGGAAGGCUUUCCAGUAGAAGUUGUAACAUUGCUACGGGAACGUGCUUCCAUUCAGACACAAGAGCAUUAGUGAGGUUGGGCACUGAUGUUGGGUGAUUAGGCCUGGCUCGCAGUCGAUAUUCCAAUUCAUCCCAAAGGUGUUCGAUGGGGUUGAGAUCAGGGCUCUGUGCAGGCCAGUCAAGUUCUUUCAAACCGUUUUUGACACCAUUUCUGUAUGGACGUGUAUUUGUGCUCGGGGGUAUUGUCAUAUUGAAACAGGAAAGGGCCUUCCCCAAACUGGUGCCACAAAGUUGGCAGCACAGAGUGAUCUAUAAUGUCAUUGUAUGCUGUAGCGUUAAGAUUUCCCUUCACUGGAACUAUGGAGCCUAGCCCGAACCAUGAAAAACAGCCCCACACCAUUAUUCCUCCACCAAACUUUACAGUUGGCACUAUGCAUUGGGGCUGGUAGCGUUUGCCUGGCAUUCACCAAACACAGAUUUUUCUGUGGGACUGCCAGAUGAUGAAGAGUGAUUCAUAACUCCAGACAACACGUUUACACUGCUUCAGAGUCCAAUAGCGGCGAGCUUUAUACCCCUCCAGCCAAUGCUUGGCAUUGCGCAUGGUGAUCUUAGUCUUGUGUGCGGCUACUCGGCCAUGGAAACCCAUUUCAUGAAGCUCCCGAUGAACAGUUCUUCUGCUGCUGUUGCUUCCAGAAGCAGUUUGGAACUCGAUAGGACAGGCGAUUUUUACGUGCUAAGCGCUUCAGCUCUCGGUGGUCCCGUUCUUUGAGCUUGUGUGGCUUACCACUUUGUGGUUGAGCCGUUGUUGCUCCUAGAUGUUUUCAUAAUAACAGCACUUACAGUUGAACAGGGCAGCUCUAGCAAGGAAGAAACAUGACGAACUGACUUGUUGGAAAAGUGGCAUCCUAUGACGGUGCCACAUUGAAAGUCACUGAGCUCUUCAGUAUCAGUAAGGCCAUUCUACUUCCAAUGUUUGUCUAUGGAGAUGGAGAUUGCAUGGCAGUGUGCUCGAUUUUAUACUCCUGUCAGCAACGGGUGUGGCUGAAGUAGCCAAAUCCACUAUUUUGUGUGUAUAUAUAGUGUACUUAGCAUGUUAAUUAAUGUUUGCAACAACAAAUUGGAAUUUGUAAAAUAUCAUACGUAUCGCAAAUUCGUAACAUAUUGUACGAAUUGUAAUUCAUACAUCUUAGAAAUCGUAUUACAUUCAUAGGACAAUGUAACAUAACAUACUGUAUCAUACUAAAUUGAGUGGUAUGGUUUUGCUCUGACACAAAGUUCUCCCUCUGCAGUUCUCUGUUGGGAAUGAGCUAGUAGACACAUGUAUCAGAUAGAGAUGGUGUGAUGAUCAGUUUUCACCAUUACUUUGGGUGGAUUCUUUUUUACUACAUAAUGACUUUUAUUUAAUGAUACACCUGCUAUGAAACGACUUCCCUGUUUAUUAAAUUGUCUUUUAAAACUAGAUUCAUUAUUAUAGUAAUUGAUAAUUAAUACAUUUGGAUAACUGUAAUGAAAUUAAUUUAUCUGCUAAUGAAAAAUAAACAUUCUACAUGAAUUUGUGCCGUCAACCUUUGUUUUUUGGGUUAUCUAUACAGAAAAUACAAUGUUAAUUUCUAAUUGACAUGUUUAUCUAGUCAAAACAUGUGACUACACCUUUACACAUCACCAUGGGGACAAGCCCAUUUGCUAGCCACCAGUAAUUGCUACAAUGCACACAAAUAUAUGUUUUGUAGUAGAAAAGACUUACAUGUGUUUCUUAUUAAAUAACAGUUCAAUAAAAAUUCUAUUGUGCAAUGAAA